AAAAAAUAUUAUUAAACGAUAUUUCACCAUAGUACGUUUUAAACGAUGCACAUCAACCAGAAUGCACAAAUACUGAUGUUGUGUAUAUGGACGAAUUGUCAGCACUCUUUUCCAUGGGUUAAUGACUAGUUUACCGUGAAUGUUUUUAAAUUUUAGUUACAUGUUUAUUUUUCUUCAAAGGUGGUAGAUAAAAAAAGAAGUACAACAUGGAUGUUGUUAUCGUAGAGGGUGGCUAUGACGCAAAUUUUGUUGAAGAAGUAACCACUGAUUUGAAAUGUUGUGUGUGUCAAUAUCCUUUGAGAAAGCCUGUACAGAUUAUACAAUGCGGACACAAGUUUUGUGAGCAGUGUUUUGAGCAAAUGAAGGAUUAUUCCUCAACUCAAAACAUAGACCUUUGUUGUCCCUUAGAUCGAAUGGUGAUUGACUCCAAUCAGGUGUUUCCAGAUAAAGGAUUAGAGAGAAUGGUCCUCAACUUAAAAGUGCGAUGCUCUAAUGUAGCAAAAGGUUGCAUUUGGGUGAAUGAUUUAAGGGACCUGAAGCCCCAUUUAGAUGGAGAUUGUGACUACACCAUAGUAAUAUGCCAGAAUGAAGGUUGUAACAAGAAAAUUUAUCGCUACAUGUUACAACAGCAUGUUGUUUAAUGUUCUGAUCAGAAAGAUGGUGAUUAUAAUGGAAAAGAUAUAAAAAAACUAAUUGACGGUCUUAGCUCCAGAGUACAGGAAUGUGAAAUAAAAAUCAAAGAAAGAGAUGACAUGUUGACGAUGACAGAAAAAAGACUAUCCAGUUGUGAGAAGGAAUUAAAGAAUACAACAGACAGGUUAAGGGACUGUGAAGCAAAAUCAUUGAGAAAAGAUGCGAUUAUUGAGCGUUUAUCAUGUGUGAAUUCGAUGGGGUUUUUUCAAUGGACAAUAACUAAUUAUAACACAGUAAAAUUGUGUGCAGAUUUGGAAAGUCCUUAUUUCUAUUCAUCAUACAAUGGCUACAAAUGUCAAUUAGGUGCUGAAUGGCGUGGACCUGAAAAAGCUCGAAUGGGCGUGUAUUUUCACCUUUGCAAAGGCGAGAAUGAUGACGAAUUAGUAUGGCCAUUUCCAAUGAAGGUACGAUUGCAGUCUACUGACUGCAAAGGUGUAAUAAAAAGUGUGACUGUUUCGUCUUUGACACAUAAUGAACCUAAGUGUUGGGGAAGACCUGAAAAUGGGAGAAAUGUAGGAGUGGGAUUACCAAAUUUUCUAAAUAUGCCACAAUUGGAAAAACAUGUUAGAAGUAACAAAAUGGCGAUUUACUGUUUUUUCGAUCAUUAAUGUCUCUCAAAUGCUUGUCAUUUAUUCUGUGACUGUUAUGGACAUGUUUAAAUAUAACAGACUAUUUUCAAGGCAUUGUGAACAUUUUACUGGGUGUUAAAUAUGAGAUAAUAAUAAAAGUGAGAAUUAACAUUGGUUCUUACCGUUUUCACGAAAUGAUAAAACUUUUACCUUUUUGUUACCACUGUGACUAAAAUAAAUCCACUUAAAGCCUUUGUGUUCCGACAUGUUCACACAGUUUUAAUAGCAAACAAGAAUCCGAACCGGCUUGAAAAUCACGAUUGUUUUGUGGACAACUUUGCGGUUCAUAAGGGAUCGUCUCCGAGAUUGUUUUCAAAAAAAAUCGUUUCAAAUCGUUUCAUUUUUUAAUUAGCAUAGCAUGUGAUACGAAUUUGAAACGAUUUUAAAGUAAUGUUUAAUUUUUUGAAAUCGUUUCAGAUCGUAUGGAAAUCGUUUCACUAUUUUGUAAAUCGUUUCAUUAAAAAAUAAAAUUGUUUCAUAAUCGUUUCAUAA